AUGGCUUUGCCUCUUACGAAACGGCAGGCGGCUCGCAAUGAGAAAGCUCUGCAGGAAUUGAUCAAGUCCGUUCCUGGGAACGAUCGAUGCGCGGACUGCGGCGCGAAGAAUCCAGGAUGGGCAAGUUGGAGUUUGGGCAUAUUCUUAUGUAUGCGCUGCGCGGCUCUACAUCGCAAGCUAGGAACGCACAUUUCCAAGGUCAAAUCCUUGAGUAUGGACAGUUGGAGUAACGAGCAAGUGGAUAGCAUGAAGCGCAGUGGAAACGUCGCGUCGAACAAUCGAUUCAACCCCAAGGGCGCUCGGCCCGCGAUACCCCUCGAUAUUGAUGAAGUUGACGGUGUCAUGGAGCGAUACAUCCGACAGAAGUACGAACAAAAAUCUCUGUCCAACGAAGCCAAGACGGCACCCAAGACGGCACCCGCACCCGCACCGCGUCACAACACGGGAAGCACAAACUCGGAUGAGAACCCUCCUCCGCUCCCCCCCAAACCUUCCAAACGGUUUCACUUCAGCUUACGAUCGGCAUCUUCGACAUUUCCACUGUCACGCGGCGAAAAGAAGCACAAUGCGCGACAGGCAGAGCGUGAUCGGGAGCCGUCUCCACCUCCGAUCAACAAAGCAUCAAAAGUGUUCGGUCUGAAUGUUGCGAGUGGCGGCAGUUAUGAUUCCAAACUCCAGGCGCUCCGGGAUAUGGGUUUUGCCGACGAGGUUAGGAACUCGGCCAUGUUGAAGACGAAAAAUGGCAAUCUCGAGAAAACGGUGGAUGCUCUAAUAAAGAUGGGCGACCUUGGCUCUCCGUCCGAACCUCAAGCACCAGCGCCCCCUCCGAAGGAAGCCAAGAAUGGGAUCACCAUCGACCGACAAAAGCCACUUGAGACGGCCUCGAAUAACCCAUUCGACAUGCCGAACGGAGCACCGGUUCAGCCGUCUGCUGCUCCCUAUCAACAAUAUGCGCAGCAG